AUGGCCGACAGAUACUGGGAUGGGCACCGGGAGCUGCGCGGGCACCGCCGGGGGCUCUUCCUGCUGAAUGGUCCGGAGUGGCGCUCAGACCGGCUGGCUCUGAACCGGGCCGUGCUGUGUCCAUCCGGCGCGCGCCGUUUCGUGCCGCUGCUGGACGCGGUGGCGCGGGAUUUCGCCCGGAGCCUGCGGGGCCGAGUGAGCGCCGCCCCCGGGGGGGCUCUGACCAUCGACCCCCACCCGCUGCUCUUCCGCUUCACCCUGGAGGCCAGCAGUUUCGCUCUGUACGGGGAGCGCCUGGGGCUGCUGGGGGGGGUCUCGGGGGUCUCGGGGGGCGCCCAGCGGUUUUUGGGGGCUCUGGAGGAGAUGCUGGACACGACCCUGCCCCUGCUCUUCCUGCCCCGCCCCCUCCUGCGCCUGCACCCCCCGCUCUGGCAGCGCCACCUCCGCGCCUGGGACCUCAUCUUCCAGCACGGUGAGACCCCCGCCCAUGGGACCCCCACCCCCGAGACCCCCUCAUCUUCCAGCACGCUGGCGGAGCUGCUGCUGCAGGGGCUCCUCCCCCUCCCCUCCAUCAAAGCCAACGUCACCGAGUUCACGGCGGGAGGAGUGGACACCACGGCGAUCCCGCUGCUGUUCACGCUGUUCGAGCUGGGUCGGAACCCGGGGGUGCAGCGGGCGCUGCGGGAGGAGCUGCGGGCGGCCGGGGCGGGGGGGUCGCGCCCCCUGCCCGAGCUCCUGGCGGCGCUGCCGCUGCUGAAAGCGGCCAUCAAAGAGACCCUGAGGCUGUACCCGGUGGGCAUCACCGUGCAGAGGUACCCGGCCACCGACGUGGUGCUGCACAACUACCGCGUGCCCGCGGGGACGCUGUGCCAGGUGGCUCUGUACGCCAUGGGCCGCUGUCCCGACGUCUUCCCGCACCCCGAGUGCUACGACCCCUGGCGCUGGCUCGGCAAGGACGACACCACCUUCAAGGCCUUGGCCUUCGGCUUCGGCGCGCGCCAGUGCAUCGGGCGGCGCCUGGCCGAGGCCGAGAUGAUGCUGUUCCUCAUGCACGUCCUGAGCAAUUUCAGCAUCGAGGCCGUGUCCACCGAGGACGUCCCCACCGUUUUCCGCUUCAUCCUCAUGCCCGAGAAGUCGCCGCUGCUGACCUUCCGCACCCUGGACUGAGCCGGCGCGGUCCUGGGGGUCCCUGGGGGACCCCCCCGGUGCCGUGGGAAAAGCCGCUGGGAUGGGGGUGGGGCAGGACCCCACCCCGAGCUGGGAGGAGUUAUGCAAAUCACACACAAAUCACAUGCAA